AUGAAUUCUUUGUCUUCUCUUCUCUAUCUUGACCUCUCAUAUAACCUGUUAAAGUCAUGUUCUAUAUUUCACUGGCUUUCUAACUUCACGAACAAUCUUCAAAACCUUUAUCUUGAUUAUAAUUUGUUGGAAGGUCCCAUUCCAGAUGAAUUUGGCAUAGCUAUGAACUCUCUUGAAAAUCUUCAUGUGUCAGAUAGCAAAUUACAAGGCAAAGUUCCGUCUUUAUUUGGGAGCAUGUGUAGAUUACAGAUAUUAAACAUCUCAAAUAACAAGUUAAAUGGCGAAUUUCCCAGCUUCAUUCAAAAUUCUUCAUGGUGCAGCCGACACAUAUUUCGGGCAUUGGACUUAUCUUAUAACCAAAUUACUGGCAAGAUACCCGAGAGAAUCAGACAACUAUCUCAGCUGGAGUUUUUAUCAUUGGAAGGGAAUUUUUUAGAAGGUGUUGUCACUGAAUCUCAUCUUUCUAACUUUUCCAAAUUACUUCACUUAUACUUUUCACAUAACUAUUUGUCUCUAAACUUAGUCUCUAGUUGGGUUCCUCCUUUUAGAUUGAGUUACUUGCGUCUUGCAUCUUGCAAGCUAGGUCCGGGUUUUCCUAAUUGGCUACAGACUCAAAAUUCCUUAAUCGAACUUGAUAUAUCUAGUAAUGGGUUGAAUGAUUUGGUACCAGAAUGGAUUUGGAACAAGUUGCAAACUAUGUACGAUUUGAAUAUGUCUAACAAUAAUCUCACUGGUUCAAUUCCUAAUAUGAAAUUGAAGCUUCCUUACAAACCAUCUAUAAAUUUAAAUUCAAAUAGAUUUGAGGGAAAAGUUCCACUGUUUUUGCUACAAGCUUCCGAACUGUUACUCUCUGGAAACAAAUUUUCAGAUUUCUCAUGUGGAAACGUCACAGCUGAAAACUUGGCCACGUUGGAUUUAUCAGAUAAUCAAAUAAAGGGGCAACUUGCAGAUUGUUGGAAAUCUGCAAACCGAUUGUUGUUUCUUGAUUUAGGAAGCAAUCAAUUGUCAGGGAAGAUUCCUAUCUCCAUGGGUACCCUUGUCAAAUUGGAAUCUUUGGUUUUACGAAACAAUAAUUUAAUGGGUGAGUUGCCUUCCUCUUUGAAAAAUUGCAACAAUUUAAUGAUGUUGGAUGUGAGUGAGAAUAUGUUGUCUGGUCCAAUACCAUCAUGGGUUGGAGAAAGCAUGCAACAAUUAAUAAUCUUGAUAAUGCGAGACAAUUACUUCUCUGGAAAUCUUCCUCUCCAUCUAUGUUAUUUGAAGCGUAUUCAAUUGUUGGAUCUUUCCAGGAAUAAGUUAUCAGAUGGAAUUCCAUCUUGCUUAAACAAUUUUACUGCAUUAUCUGAGAAGAACAUCAACAGAACUGAAACUGAAAGUCGUGUGCAUUGGUAUAAUAGUACUUACUAUGAAAAUUAUAAUGCUUUCAAUGGUAGUUAUUACAUGAUUCACAUAACAUGGAUGUGGAAAGGUAUGGAGCGCAGCUUCACAGACCCCGAAUUGAUUCUUCGUAGCAUUGAUCUUUCAUGUAACAAUUUAACAGGUGAAAUACCAAAAGAAAUUUCGUACAUGAUCGGGUUAGUUUCCUUGAAUUUAUCAAGAAACAAUUUGAGUGGAGAAAUUCCUUUCGACAUUGGAAAUUUAAGUUCACUUGAAUCCCUUGACUUGUCAAGAAAUCAAUUCUGUGGGAGAAUUCCUUCUUCUCUUCCUCAAAUGGAUUUUCUCCAAAAAUUAGACUUGUCACACAACUCUCUUUCUGGAAGAAUCCCAUUGGGAAGACACUUGGAUACAUUUGAUGGCUCUUGCUUUAAAGGAAAUGUUGAUCUUUGUGGGAAACCUCUUGAAGAAAAUUGCCCUGGAGUUGAGAUACCGAUAAAGUGGGAAGAAGGACCAGAAGAGCAUGAUAAAGAUGAUAAAUCAGUUUUGUAUGGAGCAUUAUACAUGAGCUUGGGGGUAGGAUUCUUCACAGGCUUUUGGGGCUUAUUAGGUUCAUUACUUCUUUGGCAACCUUGGAGAAUUGCUUAUCUGAGGUUCUUGAACAGACUGAUAGAUUGUAUACUUAUAAUGGCUGAAGUGAACAUAGCAAAGUGCCAAUGGUGGCUCAAAGACUUUCAUUAA